CUUCCUGUUUGAUCUUGCACGUUUUAACAAAGGGACAUAAGUGUUUAGGUUUAGAAAGCAAUUUUUCGUACAAGAAAUAUGAUGGAGAAGGAAAAUGCUACAACGGAAAAGGUUCAGGAAUAUAAGGAGUCUCUUAUAACCAAGGCGGAAGAAUUGUUGGUGAAAGGAUUUCCGGAGAAAAUAGUUAAAUUAAAUGAAUUAUUAGAGACACCCGGAUUUUGUAAUCGAAAGUUGUCAGAUGUACACCAAGACUUAAAUGUACCCAUUCCAGACCCUAUAAUUCUUAAUCAUUCCGAAGAAGCUCCUGCUACAAAAAAGCUUAAAUUGGACAAUAAUGGAGAAGAAACCAGUGGAACCAAAGUUCUGAUACUUCCAAAUGGUUCUGUUCCCUGCAAUAAAAAGUUGUGUGAUUUGAUUCACAUAGUUAAACCCUACAUUAGACAACUUUUGGAGGAUUCUAAUUUACUAAAAAUGUGGAUUUCUUUUUUAAUUCCAAAAAUCGAAGACGGGAAUAACUUUGGAGUAUCUAUUCAAGAAGAUACAUUAUCUGAAAUUCAAUCAGUUGAAAGCGAAGCCGCAGCAUUUUUCGAUCAAAUUUCUAGAUAUUUUAUCUCUAGAGGAAAGAUUAUUAGUAAAGUUGCGAAAUAUCCACACAUCAUUGAUUAUAGAAGAGCGAUUCAAGAACUAGACGAAAAGGAGUAUGUAAGCUUAUGGCUUGUCAUGUGUGAAGUUCGCAAUCGUUAUUGUUCACUACACGAUCUCGUGAUCAAAAAUCUGGAAAAGAUCAAACGACCACGUUCAUCCAACGCGCAAUCCUUGUACUAAUAGGCACGGUUUCACGCGCUGUACUUACGGAAUAAUUCAACACAAACAUAAGUCAGAAAUAUAAUAAUAAAGUAAAAUUCAUCUCCUCCUCCUAUUGACACAA